AUGGUGUUAAUUAAGCUCACUCCGGCUAUCCUUCUGGCCUUAUUGGCAGGUGCCGAUGCCAAAGACAUCUUUGUGUCCCCAACAGGAACCGGCUCUGGCACUCUUGCGUCGCCAUACGGAUCUAUCCAGUCUGCCAUUGAUGCUGCCAAAGCUGGUGACAUUAUUUACCUCCGUCAAGGUACCUACGCACCCUCGAAGAACAUCCAGGUAAAGACGAGUAGUGCCAAGGGUAGCCCCGUCGUCGUGAAGCCUUACCAGAAUGAAAAGGUUAUUGUUAAUCUAUUCACACCAAAGGCCCUGGACGAGUCGCUCCCCAAUGCUGAGCGAGGCGUAUUUCACAUCCAGAACGCCGAAUGGUGGUCUUUCUAUAACUUAGAAAUUAUCAACGGCCCCUAUGGCAUAUAUGCUCGCGAUGCUUCAAACAACUACUACGAAGGCCUCUCUACUCAUGACAACUAUGAGACUGGCUUUCAGCUAGAAGGUGCAUCGUCCAACAACAUAGUUGUUAACCUGGACUCUUACCGUAACCGUGAUCCACGAAAGAACGGCGAGAGCGCAGAUGGCUUCGCCUGUAAGGAGGGCAAAGGCGAGGGCAAUGUUCUCCGAAAUGCCCGCCUAUGGGACAACGUAGACGACGGCCUGGAUCUGUACAUGUUUGGCUCUCCUGUCACUCUGGACGAGGUGUACGCUUGGGGGAACGGCUUCAAUCGCUGGGACUUUAGCAGCUUUGAAGGCGAUGGAAAUGGCUUCAAGCUGGGCAUCACAAACAACCCUCCUGCCAACCACAUCGUCAAGAACUGCAUUGCCUUCCAGAAUGCCCAGAAGGGAUUCAUCGACAAUGGCAAUCCAGGCUCUUUAACGUUUGAGCGCAACACUGCAUGGAAGAACGGAAAUCUCGGUUUCCAUCUCCGCAGCUCUUCGUCCAAGGUGAUCAAGAAUAUCGCCGUCAACAACACGGGCAAACAGGUUGAUCUCAACAGCAAGGUCUCUGCAUCUGGAAACUCGUGGGACUCGAGUGACACCUGGAACGACGCUGCUUUUAAGAGCACCGAUACGUCUACGCUGAAGGGGGCUCGUGGGUCUGAUGGACGAGUGAAGCCUAGUGAUUUCUUGGUUCCUGCUUCUGGUGCUGCUAUUGGCGCUACCACCAAGGCAAAGGUUCAGAAGGUUCGAAGAUUUGCAUACUGA